CUUGAAUAUCAGCGGUUCUAUAGUCAUCUAUGUCACUGGCAGGUGGAGCAGCAAUGUCGACCGUCGUCCGUGCAAUCCCCACUUGAUCAAACUGAGGCUCGCUUACUCAAUAGCAAGCACUGAUGGGCUGUCUCAGGGUUGAUGAGCCCCCGUAACAGCAAGGAAAUUGUGGAACAGAUGGUGCAUAUAGGCAGGACUAGAUUAAAGGGCAGGAGGGCCAUCUUUGCUGCAGCACUGGUCCUGCUCUUCCUAGUCCAUAUUGUCCAUGUCAUGCCUGCGCGGCAGCGGCAGCGGAGGGCGGGCCGAAGGCUGAGCGAAGACGCAGCUCUAUCUGCUGCACUGGACGGGCUGCCAGUGAGCCCCAGCGCCAAGAGCCAAGCCACACCUGCGGUGAAUGUGUACGGUCUCGACCCCAGCCUGCUAGCUGCCCUGCAGCAGAGCGGUGCCAAUGCAACCUCUGGUCAGCCUGGCAACCGAAGCAGCAGUUCAGCGCCCAUCCCAGGGCCCUCCCUUGCUCAGUCUCCCAUGACCGCCACAAGCAGCAGCAGCAGCAGUCAGUCACCCGGCAUGGUGCGCUCGAGCAGUGUAGGGUGGCCGGGGCCGGGCGCGGCGCCAGAGCCCUCCGCAUGGAAUCAGUCCCCCCAGAGCGCGCCAGCCCACGGGCCGGCACAGGCGCGCAGCUCCGCGCCGUUGCCGCCUCCCCGCAGUAAUUAUGCGCCGCUGGACCCCCAUCUGGCAGCUGCGCUGGAGAACCAGGGGCGAGUGCCCCCAGCAAGCACAACCCCGAGCCCCACUGCAGCGCCGCCUCGCAAUGCCACAGCAGCCGGCAGCAGUGCCAGCAUUGUGCCUGCUGCUGCACCAGCGCCCCUGGGUGCCACAGCACCCCAGGCUGCUGCUUCCCCGGCGUAUGCGCCUGUGGCUGCUCCUGAAGCGAGUGCUUCCCCAGCAGGAGUGCAGCAGGAUGAGGUGCAGCAGCUCUGCAGCGACAAGGCGUGGCAGGCUUCAUCUUUGAAGCUGCUGCAAGAGCGGCCCUUCGCCAGCCUGUUCUCGCAGGAGUUGAAUCAGACUGUCUUUGAUCCUACGGGGCUGGAACAGAUCAAUAUGAACUACUACGUUGUCUUUAAGAGUUCCCAGACACUGGCCUACAUCCCCAAUAGACUGGCCCCAAUGGACGACAGCAACAAGCUGGUUGCCAUCUCAAGCAGCAUCAACAAGACCUCCUUUGGAGGCAUUGCCGCCAAAAGGGACGCCGGCGGUCUGCUGGCCGUGCAAGAACGGCGCAUUUCAGACGCCACCGGUGAGGAGCUGCGGCCAAUAAUACAUGAGCUGCAGGUGGCGGGGGACCUGAAGAGCUACAAAGUGCAGCGCAACUGUGCCGUUGCCUUCAACCUGUCGCAGUCAGUCACGGGGUUCCAGGACAUACAAAUCCACUAUGAUGACCAGGGAAACAAGUUCCUGCUGGGCCUGUGUGAUGGCAAUCACUGCGCCGGCGGCCAGCAUGGGCGUGACAGGGGGAAUGGCAGGAUCAUAGUGUCGCGCAUGAAGGAGGACAGCACCAGAUGUGCGUGGGUGCCUGAGAAGGUCAUCAGCAUCCCGGCCACAGCCGCCUUCACGCAGUAUUCUGGCAUUGCUAUCCGCAGCAACAGGAUGCUCAUUGCGUCACAGGAGGACUCGGCGGUGUGGCUGGGCGUCGUUGACUGGGAGUCAUGGGAGUUCAAGGACGAGGGGGACCUGUACCACCUGCCUAGGAAUGAGGCAUGUGAGAUGGUGUACUGCAACAUUGCAGCGGUGCAGUGGCUGGAUGACAGGCGCAUCACGGUGGCGUCCGGUGUUGCGCUGCCAGGUGGCCCCUGGGCCUGCUUUUCAAAAGCAGAGUCCCUGCAUCAGUUCUUGCUCCCUGCCAGCGCCGUCUCGGAUGCAAAAUCAGCUCGGUGA